AGAUGGAUCACAUGUCUCCCAGGCUGAGAGCCUUCCUCUCUGAACCCAUAGGAGAAAAGGAUGUUGUCUGGGUAGAUGGGAUCAGCCAUGAACUUGCGAUCAAUUUGGUCACUAAAGGUUUCAACAAGGCCUACAUCCUGUUGGGACAGUUCCUUCUGAUGCACAAGAAUGAAGCAGAGUUUCAGAGAUGGCUCAUUUGUUGUUGUGGCGCCACGGAGUAUGAGGCCCAGGAGAGUUCUAACUGCCUGAAGCAGUGGUGCUCCUGCUUCCUAUAAACUCGCCUCCUUGCUCUGCCUCC